UAAAUCAAAAACAAAUAUGCUGGUUAUGUUAAUUUUGGUCAUUUUUCGUGUUCUGACAAAGCCGAUGACUUUUCGAACGCGCCGCGUUUCGUGUAUGUACAACUAUUUUAUACGCAUGUCAGGGCGGUCCACGACCCACGUCGAAAUGUCGACAUCGCCGAAUACGCCGCCGCCUGCGCCACCGCCGUCGUACCCGAGACUCACCAUUAAUUUUCAACGUUCCAUGAAAAAUGCCAUUUGGAUCAGAUGUAGGUGCCCAAGUUUUCCCGUCGAACACAUUUUAUAUCCCAAAAACGUUCAUAGAGGAAUGAAGCCGGACCGUCUAUGAACUCCGAAGCCGUCAAACCGUGUUAUUAUUAUUAUUGUACCUAUUCGUUUUAUGAUAAUUUAAUAAAUAUUUUAUAAGUGCAUCUAAAUUUUGUAGCCAUUUUGUAAUUGUUAUCUACACAUAGACUGAGUCGAAAAUAUUUAAAACGUCUGGCUCGUCGAGGACGAGAAUUCUUUUAAUCAGCUCUAUAAUAUAGUAUUAAAAUCGAGAGCUAUGUUGUCCAAGCUCAGACUACUCAGACCGCCGGUUUCCCCAGGAUCCAGAAUAUUAAAUGCCUGGGAAAAUAAAAAUUAUAGUGAUAAAAAGAAUGGCAGUGGAAAAAACAAUAGAGGAAAAACAACUCCUCCAUUAAUACAGGUCAUUAAACCUGUUAAAAUCAAUUUUUCAAAAAAAACCAAAAAAAUAUAUGAACCAGUCAAUAUACCUAAAAAAGAAAUUAUAAUUUCAGAAUAUAACAAAUAUCCUCUAAAUACUUGCCCUUUAGUGACUAAGGAUGAAUUUAGUACCAAUCCAAAAUCGCCUACAACAACUCAUUCUUCAGAGUCUGAAAACAAUUAUGGAUGGCAGAAUGAUUCUAAGAAUAAACAGUCUUUUCGUAAUUGGAGUCUUUUUGGAGGAGCUAUUAUUCUAUCAGGAACAGUAUAUGGUAUCUAUCAUUUUGACAUAAUGAAACAAAAAAACGAUGAUAACCUUACUACCGAAGAGACUACAAAUGCUAAAAAAAUACGCAAACUGGUUCAAAUUCCUUCAUUAUCUGAGUCAAUACCUGAUAAUAUACAGUAUUUAUUAAUUGGUGGAGGUACAGCUUCCUUCUCAGCAUUCAGAGCAAUCAAGUCAGCAGAUCCAACCGCCAGGGUUUUAGUAAUAUCGGCUGAAGGUUAUCUUCCCCAUAUGCGACCUCCAUUAUCUAAAGAAUUAUGGUAUGGUGAUGAUACUGAAAUGGCAAAGUCGUUAAACUUUCAUCAAUGGAAUGGUACAUCUAGAAGUCUUUUUUAUGAACCUGAACCAUUUUAUACACCUGUUGAAGAAUUAACCACUGCCAAAAAUGGUGGCAUUUCACUAGCACGAGGCUGGAAAGUUGAAUCAAUAAAUGUAUCAAAAAAAAAAGUGAAGCUUAAUGAUGGCAAAGAAAUCAGUUAUGAUAAGUGCUUAAUAGCAACUGGUUCAGUUCCAAAAACAUUAAAACUGUAUGAUGACGCAAAUGAAGAACUUAAAAAUAAAUUCUCAGUAUUUCGGUCCAUCAGUGACUUUGAAGAUUUGUGGGAACAACUCGAUCAUAUAAAAUCUAUUGCCAUUAUUGGUGGAGGAUUUUUGGGUAGUGAGCUUGCUGCUUCAUUGGCGAACAAAGGAAAAAAAAAUGGAGUUAAAAUUUAUCAAAUAUUUAAAGAAAAGGGUAAUAUGGGAAAAGUUUUACCUAAAUAUCUUAGUCAAUGGACCACUGAAAAAGUUAGAAAUGAAGGUGUUGAAGUUGUGACCGAAACAGAGGUAGAGAAUUGCAGUUUAGAAAAUAAUAAGCGACAAGUCAACUUGAAAUUAAGUAAUGGGAAAAACAUUUCUGUUGAUCAUGUGAUAAUGGCAGUUGGUGCUAAACCUAACACUGAACUAGCUACUGAUGCUGGAUUAGAAAUUGAUUCAAAGCUUGAUGGUUAUUUGGUCAAUUCUGAAUUACAAGCAAGAACAGAUUUGUAUAUUGCUGGUGAUUGUGCUUGUUUUUAUGACAAACAACUUGGAAGGAGGCGUGUCGAACACCAUGAUCAUGCUGUAAUAUCGGGAAGAUUAGCAGGUGAAAAUAUGGCUGGUGCUGCUAAACCAUAUCAACAUCAACCUAUGUUUUGGUCAGACAUUGGGCCUUCUGUGGGUUAUGAAGCAAUUGGAAUUGUCGAUUCGUCUCUAGUAACAAUGGGUGUGUUUGCCAAAGGAAACCAUAAAGAUCCAUCACUUUUGGCUAAUGAAACUGAUCAAAAUACCUUGACCAAUAAAAAGGAAACAAAUGAAGAAUUAGGAUCCAAAAAUAAUGAAACUAUUUCUGAAAAUGAUUAUAACAAAGGUGUAGUUUUCUACUUGAAAAAUGAUGUAAUUGUUGGAAUUGUGUUAUGGAAUUUGUUCAACAGAAUGUCUAUAGCACGCCAAGUGCUUAAAACCGAUAGAUGUUACAAAGAUCUCAAUGAAGUUGCUAAACUCUUCAAUAUUCAUGGUGACUCUUCAUGAUGCCCAUACUGAAUUUAAAUGUUAUUUUAAACAUUGUUUAACUGUUAUACUAGUAUUUUAAAUACUAGAUAGUAUGAUAAAAUAUGAAAUUUUUUCGUAUAUGUAAAAAUUAAUAUAUUUUUGUAUAGACUGAUUCUAUUCUAGAAUUUUUUUAUUUCAUAUUUUAUUGACAUUCCUUCUGCAUAGAGUUGUUAUAUCACUAGUUAGUAAAAUGUUUUCACUAAUACAAUGUUAAUAAUAAUCGUAUAGAUACUUCUACAAUACGAUAUAGUGUCAUUAGAUUUGUGAAUAGUAGUAACAUUAUAAAUGUAUAAUAUGUUUUAUGUUUUUUAAUUAUUCACAAAUUAGUUAAUGCAUUCAGUAUUUACUCUAAUAAAACAUUCAUGAGCUAUGUGUAACAUAAAUUAAACACGUUUUUUAUAUAUUUUUUAUAUAUGAAAUAACAUUUUCACAAUCGCAUUUUUACUAGAAAAAUACUUUUUUUGUAAUUAAUCAAAGAAUAGAUAUUGAAAUAUAAAAAUAUAGAAUUAAAUAUUGCAGUAAAUUGAAAAUGUAAAGUUGUAUUAAUAAUUUUUUAAAACAUAUAACAUUAAACAAUUUAUUAUUGAACAUUCAAUUAAUAUUAUUUCUUGUUUUUAGUCAAUCUAUUAAAAACAUAAAUAAACUGUACUUUACUUAA